GUUCCGCUUCCGGCGGAAGUAUCACUGCAGUUCCUGUUCCGCUGAGCUCUGCCAGUAGCUAUUGUCGCCGCUGCCGUUGCUCACCCGGGCCUGGCCCGGCCCCGCCGCCGCCACUAUGUCGGUGCCCAGCGCCCUCAUGAAGCAGCCGCCCAUCCAGUCCACGGCGGGCGCCGUGCCUGUCCGCAACGAGAAGGGCGAGUUGUCGAUGGAGAAGGUGAAGGUAAAGCGGUACGUGUCCGGAAAGCGGCCCGACUAUGCGCCCAUGGAGUCCUCGGACGAGGAGGAUGAGGAGUUCCAGUUUAUCAAGAAGGCGAAGGAGCAGGAGGUGGAGCCUGAGGAGCAGGAGGAGGAGCUCGCCAACGACCCCCGGCUCCGCCGACUCCAGAACCGCAUCGCCGAGGAUGUGGAGGAGCGGCUGGCGCGGCACCGUAAAAUCGUGGAGCCAGAAGUGGUCGGAGAGAGUGAUUCGGAGGUGGAGGGGGAAGCUUGGCGCUUGGAGCGGGAAGACACCAGCGAAGAAGAAGAGGAAGAGAUUGAUGAUGAGGAAAUCGAGCGUCGGCGCGGGAUGAUGCGUCAGCGAGCACAAGAGAGGAAAACUGAGGAGAUGGAAGUGAUGGAGCUGGAAGACGAAGGUCGAUCUGGAGAAGAGUCGGAGUCGGAGUCUGAGUACGAGGAGUACACAGACAGCGAGGAUGAAAUGGAGCCACGUCUCAAACCUGUCUUCAUCCGCAAGAAGGACCGGAUCACAGUUCAGGAGCGGGAAGCGGAAGCCCUGAAGCAGAAGGAGCUGGAGCAGGAGGCAAAGAGGAUGGCGGAGGAGCGGCGCAAGUACACGCUCAAGAUUGUGGAAGAGGAGGCAAAGAAGGAGCUGGAGGAGAACAAGCGCUCGCUGGCAGCACUGGAUGCACUGGAUACAGAUGAUGAGAACGAUGAGGAGGAGUACGAGGCCUGGAAAGUGCGAGAGCUGAAGCGGAUCAAACGGGACCGUGAAGAGCGGGAAGCCAUGGAGAAGGAGAAGGCGGAGAUCGAGCGAAUGCGCAACCUGACAGAGGAGGAGCGUCGUGCUGAGCUGCGGGCCAAUGGCAAGGUCAUCACCAACAAGGCAGUGAAGGGCAAAUACAAGUUCCUGCAGAAGUACUACCACCGUGGUGCUUUCUUCAUGGAUGAGGACGAGGAGGUCUACAAGAGGGACUUCAGCGCCCCGACCCUUGAGGACCACUUCAACAAGACCAUCUUGCCCAAAGUGAUGCAGGUCAAGAACUUUGGGCGCUCAGGGCGCACCAAGUACACGCACCUGGUGGACCAGGACACCACCUCCUUCGACUCUGCGUGGGGCCAGGAGAGUGCCCAGAAUACAAAGUUCUUCAAGCAGAAAGCAGCGGGUGUGCGGGACGUCUUUGAGAGACCCUCGGCCAAGAAGCGGAAAACCACCUAAGGGUACAGACUGAGGGGCGCCUGCCAGGACAGAAGGGAUACAGUAUGUGGCAAUGAGCCCUUCCUCCGUGCCCCUGUGCACACUGCCUGCCCCAGUGCUGCGGAGGAUGGGACUGAUCUGUGCUGGCCACACCACCGUCCCAGCCACAGCCACCCCUGGCAGUGCCAUGCAGGAGUGCAGCAACAGCCCUGUUGCCUGGCUCCGGCACACCAGCUUCUGGAGGACUUCACAGACUUUUAUCUCCGUCUGGUGCACAGGACCUCCCUGGCCCUGCUGCUUCCCCACUGUUGGUCUGGGCCCUGUUUUGAUGCAGAGAAGCGGUGCCCCCGUCUCCACAGGGUUUGGCUUUUCUACCUGGGGUGGGGCUGGGUUUGAUUAAAGCGAUUCUUUUCUUACA